AUGACCCAAGGGCCAGAGCCGGGUCUGGAGUGUUCUCCAGUUCACACCACACUCUUCAUACCCAAGACAAAAGGUCCCGAACGGCACCCAGUGAAAACACAGUCGGGCUCAUUUUUAUGCCAGCAGGGAGAAGUAGAAAUCGGCAAGUUGGUUACAGCCUUCCGUUACACCCCCGUUUCUAACGGCUGCAGCUCAGAACUCGACCCCCGCCCUGACCGACCCCCGUGCCGGCUCUCGCUAAUCUCCUCGUCCUACUCCACCGCCUCCACCCCCGGAGGCAAGGCACGCUUUUGCCCUCCCGCUGGCACACGGUGCCCCCCUCCUUCCUCCCCCUCGCAGGAUCCUGCUCCCUGCGAAGCGGGCACCGCACCUCUUCCCCCUUCACACACCGGGGCUCCCCCGCUGCCGGCCCUCCCGGCAGCGACGUUCCGUCCCACCAAGCGCGACCGGGGCACCCUCGCUCCCUCCCGCAGGCAGGGCACCCUCCGCUGCCAACAGCACUCCCGCCCUCCGGGCAGCACCCCAGACAGACACAGAGCCCUAGACAGACACAGAGCCCCGGCCUCACCGCCCCGGCUCUGCACCGCUCACAGAACGCGGCCCCGCUCCUGCUCCCCGGCCUCAGAGGCCCCGCAGGACAUAGGGCCCCCGGCCGCUCCGGAUCCCCAAGCGGGGCAGAACCCGGAGAACGAACCCGCGCACUGCCCUCACCUGCCGGACUGCAGCUUGCCCGCCCGGGCCCGGCCACGGGGCCCGCUCAGAAGCGGACCCAAAGUCCCGAGCACGGCCCGGGAGCGCGUCCCCGCCGCCCGCUCCCGCCCGCCACCGCCUGGCCCCGCCUGCCGGCCCCGCGCGUCACUCAGCGCCAACAUGGCGGGGAGGGGGGGGGGCAGUGCGCAUGCGCCGGGGGCGGUGGGCCGGGGCAGGGGGCGUGACCCGGGGGCGGGGUCUCAAGGGCAUCCCCACGACCCUCGGCUCCUGUCACCACAACCUCCGUACUGCGUUGUCCCCGCGCAGCUCCCGUUCCGCCUGUCCGUGCGGCUCCCGCCACCGCCACGGCAGGGUCCCAGCGCCACGGCAGGGUCCCAGCGCUACGGCAGGGUCCCAGCGCCACGGCAGUACCACGGCACAGGGCUCCAGCGCCACCGUCUGGGCAGGGGCGCGCAGCCGCUAGGUUGCGCUGGGCCUGCUCCUGGUCGACUGAGAUACAGGAAAGUCUGA